AUGUCAUCUACUAAUAAAAACAUCGAUCAGUUAACCAAUGAGGCCAAACCCUCAACAGAAAAUCAAUUAAUGCCAAAAUGGCAAGAUAUUGCUAAAGCUAUCAAAGAGAUAGUUAUAGUAGCAGAUUAUUGCGGAAAACCUAGAGAUGGAAAAUUAAUGAAAGCUUAUAAAAAGCAAUAUAGGAAUUUGUUUAAUGCCGAAGAGCCAGAUGAAUAUAUAGUAGAAUACGCAAAAAAUAGAUUCCCAAAUAAAGAAAAAUAUAUGGAAAUGAAGAAGCAAUACAAACAAUGGUAUAGAUUCGAACCUAGACUAUUAAAAGCUAUUGAAGAUCUUAAUUGUUUAUAUUACAAGUUAGCAAAACCAGAUUUAACUAAAAUUCGAAGUGAAAUUGGUAACUUCCUUGAUAAUAAUGAAAUUGAUAAUAUAGAUAAAUUUCUAUCAGAAAAUUAA